AUGUUCAUGCCGGCAUUGUCAGCAGUCAUCAGAUCAGCUUAUCAUCUUCAAUGGUCUCAAUAUUUUAAUGGAAAAGUGAAUUGCUCGAUAGAGUGCACGAAAAAAUGUCCCGAAGUUUCACAUUGUACGGAAGUAAUCUACGAUCCGUGCGAUUGUUGUCCUAUAUGUAUACGAUUUAUCAAUGAGUCGUGCGGUUCCGGUAUUGGUAUUUGCAAGGAAAAUUUGCGAUGCAGACAAGAUGAUCCGAACAUUGAUUCUGGCAUAUGUGUUGGUAGGUUAAACCUUAUUUUAUACUUUAUUUGCCUUAUUUUUAAUGUUCUUUGCCAUUUCUAA